AUGGUUGUUAGUAUAGUAGGUCGGGGCAAUGCCAACAUAGUUUGUGUUGUUGAUCAUGAUUAUACAGAAGUGUAUCGUAUAAGCGUACGAUUUGGUCAACUGUCUGCGAACAAUACGUAUGUGCAAGACAAUUACAAAUAUAUAGACUCAGUUGUGCGAAAUAUCGGUCCAAUAGGCGAUUUGCUGGUUCCUAUGAGGAUACAGGCUGUUCCUGCUAUUUCUGAGCUUGGAGAUUUGGCUAAAAGUGAAGGAGUGGCUAUAGAUGAGGAAUAUAUGAGUUGUAUCGUGAUGCCGCAUUUGUAUGCACAGCAGAAUAUAUACAAGAAGCUGGAUCAUUUCAACAGGGUACAUUUCAAUGAAGCAUGCGACUUGGUAACCUGGGAAUUUAAACCAAAAUGGCUGUACCAGAGCACAGACUAUUGUAGAAAUUGUUCACAUAACGCUUGGAAGGGAAGAGGUAUCGGAUAUUGCUUUCUUGACGAGCCUUCUGUUAUACUCCACGAGGUGUUCGAAACUCAGCAGCAGCUACCGUUACCACGCGAAUUCCUGGAUGAUAUAACGAAAUACCUGAGUGCACCAGAUAACAUUUUGCAGAGAUUGUAUGCAGCACAACUUCAAGCCAAAGACGAUUUGGCACUUUUAAUGAUACUUAGAGACGUGACAUGUUUCUUGAGCUGGUCUCAAAAAACUCGAGAAAUUAGUGUGAAAGUUGUGGAUGUUGAUUUGAAGCCCAUGGAGAAGCUCGGCCAUUGGAAAUCGACAGAAGCAGCACUUUCCUCUCUACCUAAUGGAAUGAAGCGACAGCGUCACGAUUUUGGGGGUACCACACACAUAAAUUAA